AUGUCGUCAAUAUUUUUAGCAACACAUCCUCGAUCUAUGUCGACUGCUCUUGAGCGUAGUUUUAUGACUAGAGAAGAUAUCGUUUGUGCUCAUGAACCCUUUGGAGACCCUUUUUAUUUUGGACCCGAGAGACUGUCGGAUAGAUAUCCAGAGAAGAAGAGGGUCCAGUCUCCAUAUGCAGGUACCACAUAUGCUGAUGUGUAUGAUGAGCUGCGUUCUAUGGCUUAUGAGGCCGAGAAAGAGAAUAAACGGGUGUUUAUUAAGGAUAUGAUUUCGUAUCUUAUGCCAGAAGAUGCUACUGGAAAUGAAUCAAAUGUGGCAGUGGCCAAGUCAUUUGGUUCUGAUGUUAGAAAUAGUACGCCAAGUGAUACUUCAAUCACAGUUCUGCCGUCUGAUAUUCUGAACUCUUUUCAAUAUGUGUUUUUGAUUAGAGCUCCACAUCUAGCAGUUCCUUCGUACUAUAAAAGAUGCAUUCCUCCUGAUUCUGAAAAGACGGGAUUUGACCAUUAUAGACCGCAAGAGGCAGGAUAUCGCCAAUUGAGAAUCUUAUAUGACCAUCUGGUUAAGCUGGGUAAACGACCAUUGGUCGUUGAUGCGACUGAUAUCAUCGCUGAUCCUGAGCAAGUGUUGAAACAGAUGUGCGAGUCUGUAGACCUUCCUUUUGAUCAGUCAAUGCUUUCCUGGGACGAGAAUAGCCCAAAGGUAGUCAAGGCAUUUGAAAAAUGGAACGGAUGGCAUGACGACUGUCUAAAAUCCACAGGAUUCAAUAACAAGAGUCGUACAAACGGUGCAACCAAUGGUCAUACUAACGGUUCUACGAACGGUAGCACCAAUGGUCAUGCCAAUGGCCACGCCAAGGAAGUCUCGAAUGGACAUGCUAAUGGCCACGCUUCAAAUGACGACUUCGUAGUAGACUUCGCAGACUGGGAGAAGCAAUGGGCUGCCAAAUUCGAUCAAGACGGGGUUGACACUAUUCGUGCUACAGUCAAUGAAUAUCUUGACGAUUACCUGCAUUUACGGAAACACAAACUGACCUUAGUAUAA